AUGACUUCAAGGGUUGCAGAAGCAAGACAACAGAGAUACUCUCCACAUGUUAGGCAUAGCUGUAAUGUGGGAAAUCUGAUCGGAGAUCCGUUCGUGAUAUCUACAAUUUCCAUAAGUAUUAUGGCUUGGUUAGUUGCUUUGGUAUGCUCAUUUCUAACUGAGAAGUAUCCAAAAUUUAGCUGGUGGGGGCUAGCUUACCAGUUUAUUCUGUUUAUGAGUAUUAUUGUAUUCUAUAUAUAUGAUGUGGUUGACUACUAUAAGGUGUUUCUGAGUGCCGCGGUUAGUGCAGGGUGUGUUUAUAGCACUAAUAGCUGUACUCAACUGAUAUAUUCUGACAAGACUCCUAGUAUUGCAGGAGCAGUUGGGUUUAUGAUUAUUGCUACUGUAAAUCUUCUAUGGGUGUUAUAUUUUGGAGGCGAUAAUGCGUCACCUACGAACCGAUGGGUAGACUCCUUCUCCAUGAAAGGUAUCAGACCCUCUCUAGUGGACUCCUCUAUGGCUUUAUCUCGUGUGCGUAAGUCUUAUGCUGAGAAGCAGCAGACUGCGGCCCAGGUGUAUCAGACACAAGAAGCACAUUCUCAACACUAUAUGUCCUCUGUAGCACUAAAUGGAUUCGAGAAUACGGAUCCACGUGCUAGCGCUACUGUUGGAUUUGGCGGUGCUCCACAGAUGCCUAUCCAAAGGCCAGGUGGGCAAGACACAUGUGGUGCAAGCACCUAUAUUACCGAGACGACGAAUGCCAAUACCGGUACCACUAUGGGAGACACAUUAGGUUUGUAUAGUAAUAUGGGUGAUGAGUUGACGAGUUUCCCAUACACUGCAAGGGCACUAUACUCAUAUGAAGCAGAUGCUUCAGACGCAUAUGAAAUAUCUUUCCAGCAGGACGAGAUUCUAAGAGUAGGCGACAUUGAAGGCAGAUGGUGGAAGGCGAAGAAAGCUAAUGGUGAAACAGGUAUUAUACCAAGCAACUAUGUUCAACUAAUCGAAGAAAAGCCGCUAGCCUAA